UGAUGCUCUGAUUCUGCCAGGGAAACUUCUAGAUUGGCGCUGUGAAAUUUUUCCGGAAAUGUCUGGAAAUAUCCAAGGGCCUGAAUGGUGGAUCGUCCUGGUGGGCAAAACUGGCAACGGGAAAAGCGUGGUGGCCAACACCAUCCUGGGAAGCCCGGUCUUCAAAUCUGAGAUAUCGCCCAUCUCCGUCACCCAGACUUGCCAACGGGAGGAGGCCCUGCUGAACGGCCGGAAAGUGGUGGUGGUGGACACACGAGGCUUCUUCGACACGGCUCAUCCCCAGCUGGAAACCUUGGCCGAAGUGAGGAAGUGCAUCAACUUUUGCACCCCGGGCCCCGACGUCAUCCUGCAGGUGAUCCGCCUGGGCCGCUUCACCCAGGAGGAGAAGUACGUGGCACGCUUGAUCAAGGAGAUCUUCAGAUUGAAGGCCAAGAAUUACAUGAUCAUCCUCUUCACCCGCAAGGAGGACCUGGAGGGCAAAACCCUGGAGAAGUUCAUCGCCGAAGGCAAUGCGGACCUGAAGGAGCAGGUGUACCAGUGCGGCAACCGCUUCCUGGCAUUUAACAACAAGGCUGAAGGCGCGGAGCGUGAAGCUCAGGUGGGCCAGCUGAUGGCCAUGAUUGACGCGCUGGUGCAGAAGAACCGUGCCGCACCGUGCUACACGGAGGAGAUGAUGAAGGCUGACAAGGAGCACUUUGCCAAAAACCGGGACUUGUCCUGGUUGUGUCCUUUCUUUUGA